AUGCUCAAUUUUAUGUGUCAUAAAAAUUUUUCUAUUCAAUUUCAUCCUACACAUAUGCAAAUUGUCACGGGCGAAAAUGGCUCAGGAAAAUCCACGAUAGCGAAUGCAAUUUGUCUUUGUUUGGGUGCACAAGCAAGAACCACUGGACGAAGUUCAAAUGUUCAAUCAUUUAUUCGCAAAGGAGAAACAUCAGCUCAAUUGACUAUUACCUUAGCAAAUGAGGGACUAGAAGCAUUUAAACCCGAACUUUAUGGUAAAGAAAUACAAAUCAUUCGAAGGAUUGGCUCUCGACAGUCUGGUUAUAAAAUCUUAGGUAAAACUGGAACUACAUUUUGUUUUCGUAUAAAUUCAAUAACAUAUUUAGGUGCUAACCGUAGAAUAAUAAGUACACGUAAAGAAACCAUUGAUGAAAUAAUCCAAGCAUUAUCAAUAUCUCCUGAAAACCCAUUAUGUGUAUUACAUCAAGAAAUAGCAAAAACUUUUUUAAUAAGUAGUGAUUCAAGAAAGAAAUAUCAAUUUUAUAUGAAAGCUUCACAAUUAGACCAAAUUAAACAAGCUUAUGAACAGAGUGUUUGCACUGUUCAGUUACUUACUCAACGAGUUAAUACUAUGAAAGAGAAACAUGUUGAUAUGCUUCGACAAUUAGAACCAUUAGAACAAGAGGUCAAAAAUAUCGAACUUAGACGUGAUUAUGAAGUAAAAAGGCAUGUAUUAGAAGCUGAGCUUAUUUCAGCUCGCGCUGAUCAAGCACGACAGAAAUUACUUGAGGUACAAUAUGAAUUAGAUCAAAUAAAAAAGACUAAAGAUGAUAUUGACCCUCAAAUUAUUGAAACAAAUAGAAAAAUUCUUGAAAUAGAUCAAAGAUUAGAAAAUUAUUCAAUAGAAAAAAAUGAUCUUGAAAAAGAUGCAAAUGGUUUAAAUGAAUUAGUAACAUAUUUUUCAAAGAAGAAACAAGAUAUUCAAUAUAGAAUUCAUACCCUCACUCAAGACUGUGAAAUUUACCGUAAAAUUUUAACAGACGUUGAACUUGAACAAAUUUAUUUACAAAAACAAAUAGAUAAAUAUGAAAAUCUAAAUCAACAAUCCGAUGAUAAUGAUCAACGACGUUUAAAGAUUGAUCAAGAAAUAUCCAAUCGACAAGAAAAACAAAUUGAAUGGGAUAAAAUAAUUACAUCAUUAACUGAAGAUAUACGUAUAAAUGAUGAAAACGCUCAUGAUAAACAAAUAACGAUUGAUUUUCUAAAAAAUGAAUUAAAACAAAAACAACAAAAUUUAGAUGAAUUAAUUAAAAUUGAUCGAGAUAAAACAAAUGUUUAUGGUACAUGGAUGUCAGAUUGUUUAAAAAGAAUUCAAAAAGAUCAAAGAUUUCAUAAAAAACCUAUUGGUCCAAUGGGUCGUUAUAUUCAUUGUAUUGAUUCACAUUGGUCCUAUGCUGUUGAAAAACAUCUUGCACCUAUAAUGUCAUCAUUUAUUUGUACAGAUAAUCAUGAUGAAAAAAUUCUACUUGAAAUACUUUCUUCAUAUUCAUUUGAUCGUCGCCCACCAGUCUAUGUUCGAGCUCAUUCGGAUAAAGUUCAUGAUGUAUCAGGAACAUUGGAACAUAUUAAACAAGCAAAUCUUUUAUCAAUAUAUGAUGUAUUAAAAAUUGAUAAUAUAACUGUUGAAUGUGCAUUAAUUGAUUUCAAACAAAUUGAAGCUACUAUUUUAAUUGAAAAUUUAGAACAAGUGAAACAAUUACGACAAAGUGAAAUAUUACAUUGGGAAAAAAUUGACAGAAAAGUUAAACAAGUUGUUGAAGCAUGGACAUCGGAUGGUUCAAAUAUUAAAUUUGAUAAAGCAUUUCGUAUAUAUACAAAUGAUAAACAACCAAUUAAAUAUUUUUUAACACAUAAUACAGAAUCAUUAUCAAUUGAAGAAUUGGAAAUUGAUAUAAAAUGUUCAUAUAGCCAAAUUCAACAAAUGAAUACAUCAAUGGAUGAAUUACGAACAAUUCGAAAAACGAAACUCGAUGAAAUAAAUCAAGCGAAGAAAGCUAGUACAAAUAAUAAAAAGAAAAUUAAAGAACUAAUGAAGGAACUUGAUCGUCUAAAUUCUACAAUGCCAAUCGUUCUUGAUUGUUCUCUUGCUGAUUUACAAGAAAAAGCUAAAACUUAUCUGGCUACUCAUACUGAAGCGAUUCGUAAAUAUGAUGAAGCAAAAGAAAAAAAGGACGAAAACGUUCGACAACUUGCUGAUAUAACAGAAAAUUAUGAACAUACAAUAAAAAAAAUUGAUUUCAAAACUCAUCAAUAUGAUCUUCUAAUAGAAAAAAUUAAUAAUGAACAAUCUAAUCGUUAUGAAAUUCAACAAGAAUUUAAAAAAUUAAAGAGUAAAUCUAUUCAAAUCCAUGGAAAUCUUUCUAAAUAUCAAAAAAAAUUAAAUCAAUUAACUAAAAAACAAUCAAAAAAAUCAAAAAAACCUACUAUAAUUACUCGAUCCAUUCGUGAAAUUCAACAAGAACUUGAUGCUAUUACUAGUUAUCUUAAAGCACAUGAAGACACGAAUGAAAAACGUCGAGAAGUAAUUAAUAAAUAUCGAACACAACGAGAUUCAGCAAAAGAAUAUAAACAAACUUAUGAACGAUGUUGUCAACAAAUUGAGUGUCUCAAACAAUUUAUAAACAAGCGUCAAGAAGGUUUUCUUACAAUCGCUGAACAACAUCAAUAUUAUCUUCGUGUUAAAUUUCAAAAUUUAAUGAAAAAAUAUCAGUUUGAUGAAAGUGAUAUUCAAAUAGAUCAUAAAAAAGAACAACUUGAAUUAAUUAUAAAAAAACACCAACGAGAUCCAGCAUCAUUAUCUGGUGGUGAACGAUCAAUAUCAACAUUUUGUUUUCUACUUGCACUUUGGCAAUCUAUUUAUCAACCAUUUCGAUUACUUGAUGAAAUUGAUAUUUAUAUGGAUAAUGAAAAACGAAAUUCAUCAUUAGAAGUUCUUUAUGAAAAUACUUUAUAUUAUUCAUCAUCUCAACAUAUUAUAUUUACUCCGCAAGCCGUUGAUUCACAAUUCUGGAAUGAGUUAGAUGUACCGGUUUUUAAUAUGCCAACACCAAAGCGUUCUUUAUAA